CCCGGAUGUUUUCCAUUAGCAACAAGAAAGCAUAAAAAUGGCCGACUCGGAGUCAAUGAGUCUCGAUACCAGCAAUGAUGCUGGGGACGAUCCACUGCAGGAUAUGUCAGAUGAACAACUUUUUCACAUGGUUGAGGAAAUGCUAAAAGAAAAUGACGUUCUUGCAACAGAAACACAGAUGUUUGAGAAAUAUCUCAAAAGAAAUGAGACAAAAGAUGCUUUGGGAGCUCCAGGACAGGGUGCUGCCACAACAGGAGUCAUUCCAUCAGCUUCCAACCAGGAUGUGAUGCGGGGUGUGAACAGGAAGAGGUCAAAAUCUAGAAGUAGUAACAUUGAUAAGUCUUCGAUGCGCCUUAACACAGAGCAGAAAUGUGACAUUGCGCAAAAAGAAAUUGAUGAACUCAAAGAAGAAAUUGAAAAAUUGAAAGAAAACUGUGAAAAGAUUCUUGAUACAUUUAAGGCCAUAAUGGAAGAAGCAGAUUUAAGAUUAGCGGAAACCAAGAAAGAGUCUUAUGAAUUUGAUCGAGACAUAUUGAAAGGUUCGGUCAAUGCUAGAACAGCAACAGUUAUGGCGGAGAAAGUUGUACGGUACUUUGAGGACAAACUAAGAUCUCGAGAUGCCUUAGUUGAAAAGCUACGCCUGAAAAAUUCAACAUUGAAAGUGCAGAAGAAAAAGUUACAUCUACAGCUGAAACAGAAAGAAGAGAUGGGAGAGGUCUUACAUGAGGUGGACUUUAAUCAACUCAAGAUAGAAAACCAGCAGUAUUUGGAGAAGAUAGAUGAGAGGAAUCAGGACCUGCUCCGAUUAAAGCUAAUGGCUGGCAAGACACUACAGGUCCUCAACUCAUACAAGAAAAAGCUACAUACAUUAACGAUGGAGUCCGAGAGAUUAAAAUCUGAAAUCACAGCCAGGAACGACCUGCUGACAAGAAUAGAUGCUGAAACAAAGGUGGUGGAAGUGGAACGUGCAAAAGCAGAGAAAAUAAACAGAAAGCUACGCCAACAACUGGCAGAUUAUAGAGUACCAGAAGUAAUGGACUACGUCACAGAAAAAGCCGAUUUGUACGAACUGCAGAAGAAAGUGCGGAGCUGGGAAAGGAAGGUUGAAAUAGCUGAGAUGGCACUGAAGACCCACAGAAAGUCAUGGAACCAACUGCAGGCAGGAGCCAAUCAGAUGCAAGCAACACAGUGGCGAAUGAUGGAGGCUGUGUAGUUUUGUUGGGGACUGAAUUGAGGACCUUUUAGAAAAAUUUCAAAAACAACAAAACUUUCACUGAUGUGUAGUGAAUGACACAGAAUAAAUUAUAGACCUUACAAUCAUGAUAACAGCUGUUGAAUUAGCACUGAUCCAAAGUUUGUUUAGUAAGCAGAAAAAAAAACCUAGAGUUGCUCUGGAAGGUGUUAAUACCACUGACCGGUAGGGUCAGUGGGUCAGUGUCAUAGAAAGCACUGGUCAAGUGGCACUCACAUCCACAAUUUCUGGUUCAUAUUUUCACUAGAAAUUUGUUGUAGAGUUUACAAUCAGCUGUUUUUGGAGCUAUUGUAUUUGCAGUUUGAAGAAAUAGCAAAUCUGUCUAUAAAUUACCAUUAAGUCCAACAUAAUUAAUUUUUACAACUUACAAGUAUGGAUGUUUUAAAAAUUCAAUGGAAAUAAUGUUGUUUGAUUAUGAGAGCUUCAUCACUUUUAUCAAGUAAGACUAAAUGGCCUUGAAUGCUGUUGAUGCUUGGUCAGUAUUGAGGUUUAUAUACAGAGAAGCUAUAAAAUGAGGCUGAUGGACACUAUUAGGGACUAUCAGCCAUUAGUUAGGUGAGGUGUACCAGCAACCACAACCUCUUCCUGUUGAAAACCUUCUGGAAUAUUUCUGACCACACCCAACAGUUACAGCUUACUCAACUUUGGAGUGUAAGAAGUUGGAAUUUUCCCGUUGUGCAAUGGACAGAUUAGAAGUAAAGUAUAUGUGUUUAGGCUUUGAAUAUGAGAAGGUAAGUUUGAUGGAUUUAUCACUGAAGUUAAUAUUUAUAAAUCAUUUUCAUACAGAUUUUACAUAUGUUGUAUAGACACGUGUUAUUCCUGUCAGACCAUUGUUGCCUGAAAUAGUUGUUACUACCUACAUAUCUUUAACAUUUACUGUGAUAUAUACUGUAUCUGGACCACAAUUAAACUGAUUUAAUGUGAUAUUCA